UCAUAAAGGCUGGGAGCUGUGGGUGGGGGUGUGAUCCGUGUUCCCCUCACUCUCCAAAUCUCCCUGGGUUUGUCGGUGUAAUUUUCCACCAGUGUGCCCACAGUGUGAGGAUGACUCUCCAGUGGACUGCGGUGGCCAUCUUCCUCUACGUGGAGAUAGUGGUCAUCCUGAUUUUGUGUCUGCCAUUUAUAUCGGCCAAAAGAUGGCGAUCUUUGUUCAACCUGAACAUUUGGAGCUGGUUCUCUUUGUACUGGAACAAGGGCUUCUUCACCAUCAUACUCGUUCUCAUUCUUCUGUUCUGUGAUGCUUUGAGGGAGGUGAGGAAGUACUCCAGUGCAGAGGCGGGACCCAUGGGAGACGCCAAGCUCAACCCCAACCUGUUCGACCACCUGCACAUGAAGCUGUUCAGAUCCCAGAGAAACCUCUACAUCUCUGGCUUCUCCCUCUUCCUCUGGCUUGUAAUGCAACGUUUGGUGACUCUCAUAAACCAGGUGGCUGUUGCUACAGCAAACAGAACCAGCCUGCAAACCCAAGCAGAAAAUGCCAAUGAGGCAGCAAGGAGGUAUCAGGAGGACAACCUACUUCUAAAACAGGCUCUAUUAGAUGAAGAGAAAGAUAAAGUUUCAAGCAAACAGCAACUGAGGAGGGAGGCAGAAAAGCUGAUGGAGGAACUCAAGGCAGCAGAGGAUGCUGUGCGUAAAGCUAACGCCGAGGUGGAGGCCAUGAAGAGGCAGGCCAGGGGUCUCACCAAGGAGUACGACAGGCUGCUGACAGAACACACUCAACUACAACAGAAUCUUCAUGCCGGAGCUGCUGAAGGAUCAAAGAAGGAUCUAUAAACAAUCCGGAUGAUUUAAGUGUCAAAGACGGAAGACCGUCAAACGCUGUGGACUUCC